CUACAGGAAGCUGAAGCAGCCUUAAGCGGUGGGGGCGGACAUAUGUGGGCACCUGAGGUUAAGAACAGCGGAUUCAUGGUAAAACGUCAGCUCCCCGCGCGGGAGCUUCAACGGACCCGUGUCUCUCCCGCGACGUGGAUACUGGUGAUGGCGCCAGAUCCGUCGCUGGUAAGUCUCCAUAAUUGUGCGCCGACGAGUCGAUGCUCAUGAAUCCCCCCACCCCCGCUGUAAGGACUACCCACUUUUGUCCGUCUUCCUUUCCGCUGCAUGAAGUAGGUAAGCAAAGCAGCUAUCUUCGGUAUCUGUCUAUCCUGCCCAGACUCGGUAUUCUGCUUAUGACUAUGAGUCCUUUCUCCGCCUACUAUCCGCCCACGAUGUCAGGAGUACAGCGUUGAUGGAGAGAUAAACGGAUAUGGAUCCCACGCCGUCUGAUGUGACCUCACUUGUCAGCAGGGUACGUCUAACUCCCUGGCGAAGGGCCUGUGUAGCUUGUUCCAGGGCGAAGCGCCAAUGUACCAAGCAGGUGCCAAGAUGUCGACGAUGCGUAGAGAAGGGACUACACUGCGCCUAUCUUCCACCACGGCGGCCAGAACUGUCUCCUACUACGGCGGGGGCUGAGUGGCCGCCACUCCACUCCGACGAUACCGCUCUACGUCUUGAUGGGAGUCUAUUAGCUGCGUCGGAUGUACCGAACCCCCUUACUAUGCCAGGGGGCUCCGCCUUUGAAUUCAUCCAGAUGGCAGAAGCGGACUUAGAAGGCCUCGAGUUGCCUACUGACUUUGGUCCUUCGAGACGAUCUCAACCCAUAAUCCCGUCUGAUAAUGGCCAAGUCAGUCUACGAGACGUCUGGUUCUUAGCCCCUGAGACUUGGAUCGCCGAAUUCACCGAGCCGCCUCCUACAACGCUCCGCGAGACCGAAAAGUCUCUUAAACAGUACAUCGAGAGUGUACAGUCGUGGAUGCGGCAAUGGGUGACGGAGGGUCACAGCCCACUUCACCACCGCGAACUGUAUUCGUUCCACAUGCCACGGCACACUCAAGAUGCGUACACGGCGAUGGCCACAUAUAUGGGCAAGACUCAAGGAAACCAGGCUACAGUGCGCCAGAUUCUGGAGGACCGCGUUUCACAGUUACUGCAGGACCAAGUGGUCGCAGCAUCUCUAGGCACUGAAGCGAGCAACGGCAGCGGACUAAGUAUCUUCGCUCACGUGAGCCGUGUGCAGUCCUUGCUAUGCUACCAGCUCAUCCGCCUGUAUGACGGCGACAUCCGUAUGCGCGGGCAAGCCGAGACCCUGAUUCCGACUAUGUACUUAUGGAAUAAACAGAUGCUUGAGAGUGCGAAGGGCAGCUUGGGGCGACCUGAGCUUUUCCUCACUUCCUCGCCCUUCGAAGUGGAUGGUUCGAUCGAUGCUGCAGUAGGCGGCUGCCCCCUUGUCUCACCAAAGGCCGUAUGGCGCGCCUGGAUUAUGGCCGAAAGCGUUCGGCGUACUUGGCAGGCUACGACUGUCGUGCAAGAAGUUUACAAGUUCUUCAAGGAUGGGUGGUCGGAAUGUCCAGGUAGACUGCAGAGUACGAUGCGGAGGGCACUAUGGGACGCGUCGACGGCGUAUGCGUGGGCAAGGGAGCUUGGUGCUGACAAGAACCCGCUUCUUGUGUCUAUGGCGAAGCUGGAAGAGGUAUUGCCCCAGAUUACCCCCGCCGAGGUCGAUGAUUUCAACAUUGCGUGCAUUGGACUCUACGGAAUGGAAAGGAUGGAUCGGUGGCUGGAAGAAAAGGGGCGUUUCCAACCCCAGCUUUUGUCAAGUCCGGAGAACAUGUUGUAUGGGUUCUAACUAAGCUGGAACAUACAACAGAUGUUCGAAAGCCGCACUUGGGAGAUGUAGUAUAUACACAUCUCUACUGAGAUCGGCUAAUGACGCUCUAUUGCACUUAAUCUAGCCUAUUAAGGGGCAGUCAAGCUCCUAAGCCCUUCAGUGGAUAUGGUUUUAUGCGGCAGCAUUGUGCAUGUCGUAUACAUCCAACCGCCAUGGGCGGUUAGGUAUUGACUCGUUAGAGGCGGCUAGGCAUCAAGUGCAUCGGCACAUGAGGGGAGCAUACCCUGUUAGCAUGCAUAACAGAUGAGAUAAAAGGGUAUUGAUCCCAAUUGUGACACAUCUAAAGCCAUAUCGCUACACUGCGAGUAUAUAGUCUGUCAUGUUGAAGGGGAUUUUUUUAAGGACCCAAAGUAUUAGGAUCUGAAGAGAAAAUGGAAUGCGAAGGAUGAGAAAGAGGACUGACACCAACUUUGGGAUAGAAUCUCAUUCACUAUUCAUGGAGUGGCACUCGGACUCUCUAGCCACCUAACCAAAGAGCUGAUGGCUAUAGAGCGAUCCUCUAGGUUGUGGAAUUAAGGAAUGGCUGCGAGGAAAGUUCCAUCGGAGAUGAGCUCUUGUGUUAUGUUUUCAUAUUACCCCCAAUCUGUGCUGCUAGCCGCUUCGCUAUUUGACUUCUCAUAGAAUCUCUAGCAAUCGAAUGU